AUGGAGCAGGAUGUACCCCCGGACUCUUCUACGCUUGUACUGGAGUUACUUGCGUUGGCCGAAAUGGCAGUCCCUGUUUCUGUGCCUGCCACUUUUGCCACACUGGCAACGCAAUCGUUGCGCCAUUUCGAUAUGCAUCGGGUUUUGCUUGAUUCAGGGAACUGGUGUGACGUUCUAUCGCUACUGAGCCAUAUGCCACAGCUAGUGAAAUUCAGGCUCAAAAGGUGCAAGCAGUGGGGGACGGGCUCCGACCGCGAACUCAUUUGCUUGAACCUGGUCCCUAAACCUCGCGUGGAAGCUGAAGUAGACGAGUGUGACUUCAAGGCUCCCCUUGCUUGUCUUCCUCUGGAGCUGGGCCUAGCCUAUGUUGCUGCGCUGCGUCAAGUCAAUACGAGCCGGAGCAUUGCUGGGAUGUGUCCACUGUGGGAUCAGGGAAAGUGGUGGAUCUGUCGAUAG